GCGGGGGGCCCGCGGCGGAAGGGCGCGGGGCGAGCUCUGCCUCCGGGCCGCGGCGGCGGAGGGGCCGGCAGCGGGGCCGCGCGGCGCCGCCGCCUCUCAGGGAGAAGCCCCGGCGCGGCCCGCAGCGGCGUGCGAUGAAGCCGGUUCGCGUCCGCGGGAUCCGCAGCACCCUGCCGUGAGCCCGCCCCGGGGGCGAGUUGCCGGUGCCCGAGAUGGCAGCUGAUUCCACAAUCCCCAUUUGGCAGAACAAACCCCAUGGCUCAACACGCAGCGUUGUCAGGAGGAUUGGGUCAAACCUUCCUUUAAAACCCUGUCCCAGAGCAACCUUCGAGGUUCUACCAAAUGUUUCAGAGCUCUAUUUAAAUGAUGUCCCUCCAGUCCCAACCUUGGCAGACAUUGGGUGGAUAGCAGCAGAUGAUGAAGAGACAUAUGCUAGGGUCAGAAGCGACACGCGCCCUCUGAAGCACAAAUGGAAGCCGAGUCCCUUCACUGUUAUACAGCGAAAUGCUUCAGUCCCCAACCUGAGGAAGCAGGGAGAGAAGCUGCUCGCCUUGAAAAAACCUGGUUUACCAGCGCUGAGCCGAACAACAGAGCUCCAGGAUGAGCUGAGUCACCUUCGAAGUCAGAUAGCUAAAAUCGUUGCUGCAGGGUCAGCUUCUCCUUCAUUCACACCAGAUGUAUUAUCUCCAGGAAGCUCAAAUGCUUCUUCUCCUUUACCUUGUUUUGGACCCUCUUUCCAAUCUACAACUUCCUUUGUCAUUAGUGAUAUCACAGAGGAGGAAGCAGAACUGGAAACUCCCGAGCUUCCAUCAGUCUCCAUGCUUUGUUCUGCAACCUCCGAGUGUUGUAAAGCGGAACCAAAGGAUCCUGAUGAGGAAGAUUCUGUGUCUCUUUCCAAGGCCAGCAGUUUUGCAGACAUGAUGGGCAUUCUUAAAGACAUUCAUAGGAUGAAGCAGAGCAAAGACUUAAACCGAACUUCAGUGAAGGAGGAAGACCCUGCCGUUCUUAUAGCUGAAGUUUUGAGAAGAAAGUUUGCCCUAAAAGAUGAAGAUCUAACCAUGAAAGGGAAAUGAUGUUACUGUUACGAAACUCUGUAAGCAAAAGUGUUAAGCUCCUAGAUUUUUUUCCACAGUAGCUGCCUUCCUAAGGAUUGAACCUUUUGCCACUUUUAUUUAUUACAAAUUUUCUGCACUGAACACUUAGGAAAGACCCUUCAGAUUUGACGUUUUGUUAUAUUAAUUUUUUUUUUUUUUAAAGAUGGAAGUUUGUUCCCCUCUGUGUUUUGAUGCUGAUUUUUGCUAAGGAUCUUCUAAAGAGUGCAGUGAGUGCUACUAGAUUAUAUUCUUUCUGCUUACUCAAAUUAAGUCAUGUUAACGUAAAACUUUUUGUUGCAAUAUAACUAGUUACCAUUUCCAGUAUAAAUGUGUGUCACACAUCCAGUUCUUUCUGUUCUGAGUACGGUACAGGGCUACCGCAAAUAAGCUAAUUAAUGCUUCCAGGUCUUCAGCGUUUAUGAGGCUGUGGAAUCACGGAUGUAAAAGGUGUCUUCGCAGUAACGUUGUCUAACCUGAUGGUAGGAUGAAAUUGAAGUCAAUGAUAAAACCAGUCAUGUGUAAGGGCUGUUGGCUGAUUUCAGUAUGUCCUUGGUAUUUCUUAACUCACAUAUUAUCUGCACAGUUGCAUGACAAAACAGCCUUAAUUUAUUGCCAGUAAACUUAAUGUUUCAUUAA